AUGGAACAAUUUACAGACCUGGAGAAGCAGAGAAAGAUGCAAAAAGAUCCACUUUCUUCUCAUGAUGAAAUCAAGCAACAACUAGAUGUUAUUGAAUUUCAAACGAAACAAACUAAUGCAGAUCUAGAGCAAUUGUUCGACAGACUGAAAAAUAAUAACCAGAAUUUGAAUAAGCUUCUUGAAUCCAUAUCUAACUAUAGCAAAGAGGUCACUACUGAAGGAAAUGCUACAAAACACGACGUCACUAGGAUUUUAGAGAGGUUAAAAGUACUUCCUGAAGAAUUGAUUGAGACAGUUAUCCAAAAGUGUAUGGAUAACAUGAGUUUUGAGCUAAUGAAACAAGUUACAGGGACAGUUAAUAAAAGCAACGAGACCAUUGCAAAUCGAUCAGACGCCAGACAAGAUCAAAUCAGUCGCCAAUUGUCCUCUAUUAAAGACAUUCUCGAUAAAUUAAUGACGGAUUCUCAAGCUAUAAAACGCCAUAUCGAUGACACGGAUACCAUAAAAAGGGAGGAGAAACAUGCUCAAAGCACAUUAUCCGGUGCAGAGGUUGUCAAAUUGCAGACAUUGGCUGAGCAACAAAUAGAGUCAUUGAAUCUCUUGAAAGAAAAGCUCACUCAAAAAGAAGUCGAUUCAACACAUGAUAGUGUUAGUACAAUGGUCGAAAAGUACACCAAUCUACAGAAAAAGUACGACACGCUAUCAAUCGCAUAUAAAGAAAAAUAUCAAGCAUUCAUGAGAUUAGAGGAACACUUCAAGAAUUUAGAAACCCAAUUUGAUCGGAUGGUUUCUAAGAUAGAAACAAAAGACCUCCUGAAAUAUGGAAAGUUGCAACAGUUACAUGCUACCCUGAUAUCGCAAUUGGAUAAUCUGCCGCUGCUCUUUGUUCAAAAGAAGCGCAUUACCAGUAUGCCAAUCAAAUCUCACGAAGCAGCAAUACAUGAACCAAUACGAAAUCAAUCCAUUCACGAAGAGUAUUGA